AAAAAAAAAAAAAAACAGUACAUACCAUAGCUCAAAGUAAUACAACUCAGCCGGCAGUUACAAGAAAGAACCAUGCCUGUUUUUGCACAGAUAUGCUCUGCUAAUCCAGUUGCAGACCAAACAGCUGUGCUGGCUGCUUGCACUUGUGGAGAUGAAUUGUGCAUGGACACAGACGAUGUCAUCGGCAAGGACAACAAUGCAUCAUUCAUUCACCCUGACGGUGUUUGUCACCUCCCAACCUGUGCUCUCUACGCGUCCGCGUUCAGUAGUCUCAACGGCAAAAACGCGCUAUCCCAGCUAAAACAGCAACAAACACAACUCAAGUUGGUCGGUGGGCUGGCCUUGCUUCGGAAACCUCCAGUUUCGACUAUCCCUCGGCGGCACGAUCCUUUUGCGCCAGUACGUCUACAACCCUCAAGGUCUUGUCAUCUCUAUCCAGGGAGUCAGUUUAAAGGCGAGCAAAUUUCUGGAAGUAGCAACUACGUUGUCAUGGUCGACAUUAAGGAUGUUAAUCUGAGAGGUUCCUCAUUAUGUGGAUAUCUACAUAUCAAUGGACUCACUAAGGAAUACCCAAAAUUGACUACAUUCUUUGAUGCCGAGAUCGUAGGACCAGAUUAUUCUUUUGUUACAGAAAAAUGGGAUGCCACCGUUAGUACAGACAAGGAGCAUUGGAAUAAGUUCAGCCCAUUUGCACCAAUGAUCGACACUUUUGGUGACAAGGAGAUCAAAUAUGACUUUCAUAACAAGGAUGUGAUUUUUAUGCGUUGGAAGGAGCAUUUCCUAGUGCCAGACCAUCGUGUUCAAGGCAUCAGCGGAGCAAGCUUCGCAGGAUUUUACUAUAUCUGCUACAAUAAAAUUACAGGGGAGAUUGAUGGCUACUACUUUCAUCGAUCAAGUGAAAAGUUCCAAAGACUGAUGUUGAAGCAUGUUGCAGAUCGACCAUCGUCACUUGGAUCUUUUGAGUUUCGUUAAUUUUUUUUUUUUUUUU